AUGGCAUUAGAUCGUGCAGUUCUUUCUAAGAAAGUUAAAAAUUUUACAUUAAACUUUGGUCCUCAACAUCCUGCAGCACAUGGGGUGUUACGUUUAGUUCUAGAAAUGAAUGGUGAAGUUGUAGAACGUGCAGAUCCUCAUAUUGGAUUACUUCAUCGUGGAACUGAAAAACUUAUUGAAUAUAAAAACUACAUGCAAGCAUUGCCUUAUUUUGACCGAUUAGACUAUGUUUCUAUGAUGGCACAAGAACAUGCAUAUUCGUUAGCUGUAGAAAAAUUAUUAAAUUGUGAAGUACCAUUACGUGCACAGUAUAUCCGUGUUUUAUUUUGUGAAAUAACACGUAUUCUAAAUCAUUUAUUAGCUUUAAGUUGUCAUGCAAUGGAUGUAGGAGCUCUAACACCUUUUUUAUGGGCUUUUGAAGAGCGUGAAAAACUUAUGGAGUUUUAUGAACGUGUAUCAGGUGCACGUAUGCAUGCGGCAUAUAUUCGACCAGGUGGAGUUUCUCAGGAUUUACCACUUGGGUUUUGUGAUGAUGUACAUGUAUUUUGUCAACAUUUUGCUUCCCGUAUUGACGAAAUGGAAGAAAUGCUUACAAAUAAUCGUAUUUGGAAACAACGUCUUGUAGAUAUUGGUGUUGUAACCGCUGAUGAAGCUAUGCAAUGGGGCUUCUCUGGAGUAAUGUUACGUGGUUCUGGUGUUGCAUGGGAUCUUCGUAAAACACAACCAUAUGAUGUGUAUAAUGAACUUGCUUUUGAUAUUCCUGUUGGUUCACGUGGAGAUUGUUAUGAUCGUUAUUUAAUUCGUAUUGAAGAAAUGCGACAAAGUCUUCGACUUAUUAUGGAAUGUAUUAACAUGUUACCAGAAGGGACUAUUAAGACAGAUGAUCGAAAAAUUACACCUCCUUCUCGUACACAUAUGAAAGAGUCUAUGGAGUCUUUAAUUCAUCACUUCAAGCUUUAUACAGAAGGUUUUGUUGUUCCGGCUUCUGAAACAUAUACAGCUGUGGAAGCACCAAAAGGUGAAUUUGGUGUGUACUUAGUAAGUAAUGGUUCAAAUAAACCUUAUCGCUGUAAAAUUCGUGCACCUGGAUUUGUACAUUUACAAGGACUAGAUUUCAUGGCUAAAAACCAUAUGUUAGCUGAUGUUGUAACAAUUAUUGGAACACAAGAUAUUGUAUUUGGUGAAGUUGAUCGUUAA